CUCUACGCCAUGAUUCUGUUAAUUAGGCUAGGUUAGGUUAGGUUAGGUACCUUCGACGAUACUUUCAACAAUGCAAUGUUUUGAUAAUACUUUUCCGAAUAUAGACACAUUCCACAUUCCUCAAUUAUACCUAAUACUACCUAGGUACAAUGUCUCUCACAAACGCAUCUCCUUCGGAAGCUGCCAAAUCGGCAAAGGAAGCAUCCCACAUUCUCGCCACUUUAUCUGAAUCUGCAAGAAAUGACGCCUUAACGGCUAUUCACACGAGCUUAAUCGCUGCUAAGGAUGACAUACUUGCCGCCAAUGCUCGUGAUCUAGAAGCUGCACGCCUAGCAGCAGAGCAUGGCCAACUUAGUCAAAGUUUGGUAUCGAGGUUAGACCUCGGUAAGAAAGGGAAAUGGGAAGAUAUGCUGAAAGGGAUACUGGACGUUCGAGACCUCGACGACCCUGUCGGCAAGAUUACCUUAAGAACAAAGCUCGAUGAUGGACUGGAGUUGACAAGAGUCACCUGCCCUAUUGGUGUUCUCCUGAUCAUCUUUGAGGCGCGGCCUGAGGUUAUUGCUAAUAUUGCCUCCCUUGCCGUAAAAUCAGGCAAUGCUGCUAUCUUGAAAGGCGGCAAAGAAUCAACAGAAUCAUUCGUUGCUAUUUCAAAGGCCAUAUCUGCAGCUCUAGACAAAACCGAGGUCCCUAACGGAGCCGUCCAACUAGUCACCACAAGAGAUGUAAUACCUCAGCUGCUAGAUCUAGACCAAUACAUCGAUCUUGUGAUACCCCGGGGCUCGAACGAAUUGGUCCGAUAUAUCAAAUCAUCCACCAAGAUUCCGGUACUCGGUCAUGCCGACGGCUUGUGCUCUAUCUUCCUCGAGCAAUCGGCAGACCCCAAGAUGGCAGCAGAUGUAAUCGUUGACUCCAAGACCAGUUAUCCCGCGGCGUGCAACAGCUUGGAAACAUUAUUGGUGCAGGAAUCCGCUCUGAACACACUUCUCCCCCCGGUAGCUGAGGCCCUAAUUGCAAAAGACGUCGUCUUACGUUGUGAUACCAAGACCAAAGCGGCGCUUUCCGGCAAGAUAUCUUCUGAUGUUUCUACAAAGAUCGAGGACGCCCAAAGCGCUGACUACGAUACUGAAUUUCUUAGCCUUACGCUCGCAGUCAAGGCAGUUGCAGACAUCCACGAAGCAAUUGCCCAUAUCAACACCCAUGGUUCCAAGCAUACAGACGUAAUAUUAACCAGCUCGUCCGAACUCGCAGAGCAGUUUAUGUCGAGCGUAGAUGCCGCAGGCGUGUACUGGAAUGCCUCAACUCGCUUUGCUGAUGGUAUGAGGUACGGUUUCGGGACAGAAGUCGGCAUCAGCACGAAUAAAAUCCAUUCCCGAGGUCCUGUGGGCUUGGAAGGCCUGAUGAUCUACAAAUACAAGAUCCGAGGCCAAGGUCAUGUUACGGCAGCUUAUGGCGAAGGCGAAGGAAAGAAGAGUUAUAAGCAUGAAAGACUUCCUUUGUAGAUUAUUGUGCUCUAGAGGCGGCAUAUAUUUGAAUAUAUUGGCGUUAGGAAAGCAUAGUGCGCUAACGAAGUAAUGGUAACACCUUCUGAGUCACGCCAUGAUGGGAAGAAAAGGAUUGAUUAUUAAAGAGAUAACUUACAACAUAGGAAAAAAAAAAAAAAAAAAGAAGAUCUCAAUGCUUACAAACAAA